AUGGACUCCGUCACAAACGCCUUCCUGUUUAUCCAGAGGCCUUAUCAAAGCCUCUGGUUAAUUGGGAUAUAUUUCCUAUUCUUCCUCCUCCUUUUGUUCACCCUCAUAGUCUUGACUGCCGCUCUCCGGAAGGCAGUCACUCAAAACGACGUCACUGAGGUCCAGAAGAUAUCUCCCGGAAGUAACAUCGCCAAAACAGAUUACGAAGACGUUGUCAACAGUUUCCUGCAAGAUAUUUCUUUUCAAACCCCGGACAUGAUAUUCGAUGUGGGCCUGAAAUCUCGUGUUGAGAAUCGCUUGGAGUCGUAUGGUAUUUCGCGCAAGUUUAUAACAGAGAUUGAAUCGUGCAUUGCUACAGCGACCAAGAUAUCCAGCUGUUCUUAUCCAUAUACCUCUCCCGAAGUGCUCGAAGCCAUUGCCUUAUAUGCUACAUAUGUUAUCUCGAUCGAUGACAUUACGAGUAACAUUCUACCCGAUCUCGAAUGUUAUGGAUCUCAGCUGGUUCUUGGGCAGUCCCAAAGACACGAGAUACUUCGUGGAUUUACAAAGUUCUUGGGAGACCAGCCCCGGGUGUUUGGUGCUUUUGGGGGCGACAUGAUCAUCAAAGGCACCAUGGAGUUUAUCGCUUCAGCGGUAAUCGAACAGAACCAAGAUUCUGUCCACCUGUCGCGUGAUGCUUCAGAUUAUCUGGUUUUCUUCAGGGCAAAGACAGGGGUCGCUGAACCCUUUGCCUUCUUUUGCUUUCCAGAAGAUAUCAACCCUGAAUAUCGGGACUUGCCAAAAUAUGUCUCGGCUGUUCCAAGUAUCAUGCUGUUCUUGGGAUACGUCAAUGACCUCCUGUCCUUCUAUAAAGAGGAGAUCAAGCAGGAGGAUUCUCCAGGCUUUGUCCAAAGCUACGCCAAGAUACAUGAUUUUACCGCGCUAGAGGCUCUACGGCAACUUCGGCAUGAGACAAUUAAGGAAGUACGCAAAAUUCGGAGCAUAUUAGCCAAAGAUGCCGCCAUGGCUGAUCGUAUUAACCAAUUCAUCUAUGGGUAUAUUUUCUAUCACUUGUGUACGGAAAGAUAUAGGUUGAAUGAGUUGAACAUCCCGGCUGCUCAUCAUGCAAGAAAGCGAUUUCAGGCGAUGGCUAAUGCGUGA